AUGGGUAAGCGGUGCGUGAUCUACCCAAGGUCCUUCGGAGAAGAAGAAAAAGUAAUGGGCAGUAGUCAAGGCCCUUCGGAGAAGAAGAAGAAGAAGAAGAAAAAUGUUGGCAAUAAGAAAGAUUGUGUUGGCCCAUCAAAGGACGUAAAUAUGGUGGACUGGAAGAAAAAGAAUAGUGGUGAUUCUAAAAAGUCAGACAAUGUCCAAAAGAAGAAAGUCUUUUAUUAUGGAUGCUUUCUCUGCGGUGGCCUUCAUCAUGCCAAAGACUGCCCCCAAGAAGGAGAAAGAAAGAACCCUCAUUGCUAA